UUGCAAGAAAGUGGACAUUUGUCCUAACCACCAAGCUGCUUGAUUUCCUUGGACUCAAACUCUCAAACCGCAUGGACUACUUGCCAACCUCACCUCCUUGUCUCAUUCCCUUCACAUCACAAAGCUUCUAAGUUUGCUAAGUUUCUUCUCUCCAACCCUCUCUUCCCAUUUGUUUCUGAAUCUUUGACCCUUUUUUUGUUGAAAGAGAGAGAUCAUCAUUCAGGCACGGUUUGAAAGGUGAAAAAUUAAGGAAACAUGGGUUCUGGUUCAAAAGUUGGGAAUAGCAACUAUGAUUACUCCUUUAAGAUUUUGCUGACUGGUGAUUCUGGUGUUGGAAAGAGUAGUCUUCUCCUCAGCUUCAUAUCCAACUCUAACUCUCUUUAUGAUCUUUCCCCCACAAUUGGAGUUGAUUUCAAGAUGAAACUUAUUACAAUUAGUGGUAAAAGAUUGAAGCUUACAAUUUGGGACACAGCUGGACAAGAGAGGUUUGGAACAGUAAUAAGCUCUUAUUACAGAGGUGCACAUGGGAUCAUUCUCGUCUAUGAUGUGACACGACGCGAGACAUUUACAAACGUUGUGGAAAUAUGGGCAAAAGAGGUUGAUCUGUACUCCACUAAUCAUGAUUGCAUCAAAAUUCUUGUUGGCAAUAAGGUGGAUAAGGAAAGUGAAAGAGCUGUAACCAAAGAAGAGGGUAUGGCUCUUGCAAAAGAGCAUAGAUGCUUAUUCCUAGAGUGUAGUGCCAAAACUAGAGAAAAUGUUCAACAAUGCUUUAAUGAUCUCACAUUAAAGAUACUAGAGGUGCCGAGUUUGCGGGAAAAGGGUUCUGUUGUAGUAAAGAGACAAAAGCAAAAGCACUUGUAUGAGACACCUCAAAGCGGAGGUUGCUGUUCUUAGUAAAUUUGCUUCAACAUGAAUGUGCAAUAGGUUUUACAUCAAGAGUCAGAUAAUUUGGAAUUGGAUGAUCAUGUGCUCCAAUGUUCAGUACAGUCUUUUUUAUUGCUUUCACAAGAAGAUGCUUGAGAUGGAUAUCUUAACAUCUGUUGGAGCCAUAGCAUGACUCAGUUUAUGGUAGUCAAGUUUAUCACAGAACUAUUAAUAUACUAGCCUUUUUCUUACUUACGUUACAGUUUUAGAAACACCUGUACUCUGCAUAUGUAAAAUGUAAAUAUAUCUACAGUUUCUAUGUAUUAGGGUUGGUUUGAGAUUCGGUUAGGUUGGGAUAUUCAGCAAAAUACAUUUAUUAUUUAUUAUUUUCUCCCCUUCUAAGCAUGAAUGAUACUGUCAAAAGAAAAGCUUGAAUGA